UUUUUUUUAAGAAACAAAUCUUAAUUUUUUCUUAAGGAGAAGUUCCUCUCUUUCUCCUUCCUCUUCCUCCGUGACCACCUCCUCUCUCGUGCCGCCGCCUUCAACAACUCCUGCAUCCUCUGCGUCUUCGUCGGCACUGAUUUGCGGUGGGCCCCCACUCCGCCACCAUCGUGGGCUUCUGCCACCGCAACCAUCUUUCGCCACACUGUGCUCGCCAAACCCACCAAUAUCGUAGGUUUCAGUCAGGGAUUACUGUCCCUCACUGUGCAACUUGCGGCCUUAUCUCCGAAACUCGGUAACCUUUUGUCUUAUUGCUUGGUUUCUCACUCUUUCGACAAAGAACGACUUCGCAAACCAAGUCCACUCAUUCUCGGCAGCUAUGAUGACCCCGGCGAGCGUGUUGAGUUUGUUUACAUCUCCAUGCUCUGGAAUCCAAAACAUUCUUAUUUCUACUGCGUCGGACUCACCGAAAUCUCUGUCGGGAAGAGGACUAUUCCGACGCCAGAGAUGCUGCGGAGGGUGGACCGCAGAGGCGACGACGACGUGGUUGUUGAUAGCGAAACCACUUUCACGAUGCUGCCGGAGAGUCUAUAUAACUUGGUGGUGGCUGAGUUCAGCCGGCGAGUCGGGCGAGUUCACAAGCGUGCGAGUGAGAUUGCAGAUGGAAUGACUAUACAAAUUGAUACUGUUAAUCUAUUACUUGAAACUCGUGGAAGUGCUAGUCGCCAAGGGGGAGCAACAUGGACACCACCUAUGGCAUCUAUCACCAUACACAACCUUUUACUGUAUACCACAAAUGAAAGCUGGGAGGUUGUGAAUCUUAAAGAGGCACGGGAAUUCUCCAGUAAUAAGAAGUAUAUAUACGUCUUCAAAAAACUAGAAUGGGAAUCUUUGUCUAUUGAUCUUUUGCCUCAUCCUGACAUGUUCACGGAUGCUACUUUAGGCCGCUCUCAAGAGGGAGCAAACCUGAGAGACGAGGAUGGUGCAAAGCGGGUAUUGUUUGGAGGUGAGCGUUUUAUAGAAGGAAUAUCAGGAGAAGCAUAUAUAACGAUACAGAGAACUGAAUUGAACAGUCCAUUUGGGCUUGAGGUUCAGUUACAUGUCACAGAAGCUGUUUGCCCCGCUUUAAGUGAACCAGGACUGCGUGCGCUUCUCCGCUUUAUAACAGGAUUAUAUGUCUGUCUAAAUAGGGGAAAUGUGGAUUUCAAGGCUCAGCAGCGAUCAACUGAAGCUGCUGGGCGUUCUCUUGUCUCAAUUGUUGUGGACCACAUAUUUCUUUGCAUUAAAGACGCUGAGUUCCAGCUUGAGCUUUUAAUGCAGUCCCUCUAUUUUUCUCGGGCCAGUCUUUCGGAAGGAGAUAGUGACAGUAACCUGACCAGAAUUACAGUUGCAGGACUAUUUUUAAGGGACACCUUUUCAUUUCCUCCAUCUACCUUAGUGCAACCAUCAAUGCAAUCUGUUACCGGAGAUGCUUUCCAAGUGCCAGCAUUUGCUAGAAGUUUUUGCCCUCCAAUAUAUCCUCUAGGAGAACAGCAAUGGCUAUCAAUUGUGGGAACUCCUCUGAUAUGCCUCCAUUCCAUUCAGAUCGUGCCGUCUCCACUUCCACCAUCCUUUGCUUCUCAAACUGUUAUUGAUUGUCAACCUCUUAUGAUUCACCUGCAGGAAGAAUCCUGCCUGACGAUAUCAUCAUUCUUAGCUGAUGGUAUUGUUGUCAAUCCUGGUGACAUUUUACCAGAUUUCUCAGUAAAAUCUUUUAUUUUCACUCUCAAGGGGCUGGAUCUAACAGUUCCCUUGGAUAAGACCCAACUGGAUAAUUCUGAAACCAAUAUGGACAAUAAAAUCAAGACUUCCUUUGCUGGAGCAAGGCUUCAUAUUGAAAAUCUUUUCUUUUUAGAUUCACCCUCAUUGAAACUGAAAAUACUGAACCUCGAGAAGGAUCCUGCUUGCUUCUGUCUUUGGGAGGAUCAACCUAUUGAUGCUAGUCAGAAGAAGUGGACUGCUGGAGUAUCCCAGCUUACUUUAUCUCUGGAAGCAAGUACUGGCAAGCUUGGUCAUCAGAAUUCUCUUGGAUGGACUGCUGGAUUGUGGAGGUGUGUUAAUCUAAGAGAUGCUAGCAUAGAAGUAGCUAUGGUAACUGCUGAUGGAAAUCCAUUGUUAAAGGUUCCUCCUCCAGGGGGUAUUGUGAGGGUUGGUAUUGCUUGUGAACAGUAUCUAUCCAACACUUCAGUUGAACAGUUAUUUUUUGUCCUGGAUCUCUAUGCUUAUUUUGGGAGAGUUAGUGAGAAAAUAGAAAUAGCUGGAAAAAAGAAACAAUUGAAGGAUGUCAGGAACAAAUCUUUUAGUGGAAAGCUGAUGGACAAGAUACCAAGUGACACAUCUGUAACUUUGACAUUAAAAAAUCUCCAACUUCAAUUUCUUGAGCCAUCUUCUGUGAAUGCUGAGGGAAUGCCUCUAGCACAGUUUGUCGGAGAUGAUCUGUCUUUUAGUGCCACUCACAGAACCCUAGGUGGUGCUAUUGUUGUUUCAUCCACUUUAAAUUGGGAGAGAGUUGUGAUAGAUUGUGUGGAUUCCAAGGAGCCCUUGGCAUGUGAAAAGGACUCAUAUUUUAGUACCGUAGAAAAUGUUCCCUCAAUAAGUGAUGUAGGAUACCCAAAACUAAGACCUGUUUUCUGGGUGCAUAACAAAAAAGAACUAUUGAAUGGAAAUGCUCAUUCAUACCCAUUUCUGGACAUAAGUGUGGUGCAUGUCGUACCAUUUUGUAUAGUAGACAUGGAGUCACAUACUUUGAAUGUCUCAGCUGUUGUAUCUGGUGUUCGUCUUGGCGGGGGAGUGAACUACUUUGAGGCCCUCCUGCAUCGAUUUGGAAUACUAGGGCCUGAUGGUGGUCCAGGGAAGUGUCUGUCUAAAGGGUUGGAAAACUUACAAACUGGACCAUUGGCAAAACUUUUUAAGGCAACACCUCUGAUUUCUGAUAAUUCAGAAAAUGUUGAAACUGCAGGAGAAGGGAGAGAUACCAGUUUUCCAAACUUGAAGAACCCAGAUAUUGUGGAUGUAACUAUAGAGUUGAAAGACUGGUUAUUUGCUCUCGAAGGUGCUCAAGAGAUGGCUGAAAGAUGGUGGUUCUCAGUCCAUGAAGAUGUAAAAAGAGAAGAGAGGUAUUGGCACACAACUUUCCAUACCUUGCGAGUAAAUGCAAAAAGUUGCCCAAAGAAUAUUCCAGACAGAAAAUCACAAUCACGCAGAAUACAACCAUAUCCGGUGGAACUGGUUACGGUUGGAGUUCAAGGGCUGCAGAUCAUGAAGCCCCACACCCAAAAGGACAUUCCUAUGUCACUGAUAACUGUAAACGGAGUUAAAGAAUUCACUGAAAAAAUUGGGGGAACUGAUCUUGAAGUAAGCUUGAUACUAUCUGAGGAUAAUGAACAUGAAUUGGUUAAUUGGGAAGUCGAAAACCUAAAGUUUUUUAUAAGGCAACCGAAUGAGGCAGUUGUAACCAAGGAAGAGGUCCAACACCUCACUUUUCUGUGCAAAUCUGAAAUUGAUUCUGCUGGCCGGAUAACAGCUGGAGUUCUACGGCUAUUUAAGCUAGAAGGCUCUGUUGGCCAGUCUGCAAUUGAUCAGCUUGGCAACCUAGGAAGUGAAGGCAUUAACAAGAUUUUUUCUCCUGAGAAGCAUAGCUUAGAUGGUAGUGUUUGUAGCUGUGGAGGAUUCUCUCCAUUACAAAACCUGACAAAUGAAAGUCCAAGCAAAACUAUGGAACCAACAUUAGCUUUGCUUGAGGAAGCAGUUGCUGAUUCAAAGGCUAAGAUUAAUUCUUUGAUGACUGAUAUUGGUACUUCCGAGUCUUCCUUCCAGCACCUUACUGUUGUCAAAGACCUCAGUCAAAAGAUUGAGUCGUUGCAGGGUUUAGUGCUGCAAUUGCGGGAGCAACUUUAAGACCUCUGCGUCAUUUGUAUGAAGUUAGAAAUAAUGAUUUUCAUUUGCGUAGGUAAGAAUUCUUUUGUAUAUAGCAUAGAAGUCCACAGAUUGAGUUUUGUUUUGUACAAGAUAGGACAAAAUGAAGUCUCCACAUUUAUGUAGCAGUAAUUUUUCUACCGUUAAAGCAUCAUGGAAUGAGAGAAAUGAAUGCAAUUUUGUUACAUUCAA